GCGUCAGUUACAGGCCACGGAGCUCGCAGCGCGCAUGCGUAAUUUAUUGGCCCGCACUGGCUGUUCAAAGUUUAACGUUGCUGCUCUGUGCGGUGAAUCUGAGGUGGAUGAAGCACAGAACGGAGCACUUAGUAAAAAUCCAAGCACGUAUCUGCAAGAAAAUAUAUCUUCAAAGUGUGUAUUCUGUGUAGUUUUAGUACACAAAAGUCAACUUAACUAAUCAAACACUGCCAGAUAGACUGCUUGUACUUGAUUGUAUUGGUUUUCUGCUACUUAGCCUUGCUCAAGGUUUAGCUUUAACUGCACAAUUAGCAACAUUUUUCGUAUAGUUACACAUUGUUUCUUGGUCAGUAUUUAUUCAAACAUUAACACUAGAAGUGCUGCUGAUACUGAUAUCAAUCACGCAGAAUAAUGUUAGUCAAAGAGGACACUUUAUUGUACAUGAAUUGAUCUAUAUGUCCCGCCCGUCCGCACCUGCCUGGUGUGUAAAACAUUCUCUUUCUAUAAACCGAACGUCACAGUGGGCGGAUACAAGCGUCCAAAUGCACCAAUAGUAAAGCGUGGAUAGGGCGAUUGACACAUCGGUGACGCAAAAACUGCGGGCCAGCUGUCACGGCGCGCGAAAUACUAAAUUCUAUUCGGAGUUUAAGGAACAGGCGGGAGGAAGAAGAGGGGUAACCCGGUGAAAGCCUUUCUAAAUGUACUUUAAAACUCUAAAAUAGUUCUCACCACGUAGACACGCAUUUAUCGUUGGCGGGGGCUGCUGAGAUUCGACGAAGUGUUGUCUGCGCUGCAUUUUUUUUACAGACGAUUGUGAUCUACAGGCGGACGGACAUGAGCCUGGACCUUUCUCAACAACAGGCUGCUGUGCUUCCAGCUGUGGCCCAAACCGCAGCAGAGAGUGAUUCAGACAGUGGCAUGGGCUCUCCGGCAGAGGUGAUGAUUACUGGGGCACCCAACGCUAGAGAAGAGCUUCCAGAUUCUGAUGACGAAGACAUAACUGCUCACAGAAAGCCUUGUUGUAAUGCCAUCAAAGAUAGCGACAGCGAGGAAGAGGAGACUGCUGCACAAAGCAAUGCACUCAUGACCGAAGCACUGGUCUUAUCUGCUUCCAGCGGAGAAGAACUGGAGACCGGUGGGAUGGAUGAGCUGAGAGUGAGAGGUACACAGAAGAGCAGGAGAAUAAGCCGGGCUCCCAUUGAUAGUGAUGGCAGUGAGCCCGAGCGAGAGAAAGGUGGGAAAAUGGAGGAUGAAUGGGAGGAACCAAAGAAGAAAGCUAAACCGAUGAAGGAGAAAAAGAAGCGGGAGAAGAGCCAGAGACGUCACGAGAAAAAGGAGAAACGAAGCAAAGCUGUGGAAAAACUGAAGAAGAAAAAGAAAUUCUUAGAAAAUACUGAGGGCGUUCCCCUCACUCGGGCUCUGAAUGACAGUGGGUGUCCCCUGGGUGACACAGACCUGUUUGACACUGGUCUGGAAGAGGAAGAGUCCCUGGAUGCCAUCAGAGCAGCAGUAAAGCAGAAAAUGAGAAAACAGAAGGAUCCUCUUCUGGGUGAGGAUGAAGAAGACGAGGAGGAGGAAGAGUCAGUGAAGCCUCAGCGUGUGGAGAGGAAAGCUGCACGUGCCAGCAAAGAGGCAAUGAAACAACUCCACAGUGAGUCUCAGAGACUGAUCAGAGAGUCUACACUUGGCCUGCCAUACCACAUCCCUGAGCCGAAGACCCUCGACCAGUUCUUUAAGAAGCGAGCCAGGCCCGAGGGCCCUGCCAUGGCACUGUUAAAGUCCAAAAAGUACUCGGCCAUGGUAUUGGAGACUACACCAGCUCCUCCACCUCCUGUAAACCCACCGAGUGAGCCUCAGCAGCCGUGUGUAGAGCAGGACUGCUCCUCUCUGGAUCUGUCCUCCACUCAGAUUCAGCCGUUGUCUCAUCCUGCCGCUACCUCGUCCCCACAGCAGGAGACCCUGAGCCAGGCUAGAGACGCGCCUGAAAGCCUUGACCAGGAAUCUGGCCCUAUGCUCUACCUCUCUGAGAGUCUGCAGGAGUCACUACCUGCAGAUGCAGCCGUGAGGCCAGUGUCUCAAUGUGAAGAUAUUUCCAGUCUUCCAAAAGAAUGUCAAACUGCAGUUGUGUCUGACCCUCAAACCACGCAAAAGGAGCCUGUAUCUGGCGCUUUGGUUGAUCCAGUAGCUGUUCAGUGUGAGAGCACUGAAGCAGCUGCAUUGAAGGUACCAGAGCAGAAACCGGCCAAGCCAAAGAAAGACCGACUAGCUAGACUGAAAGAACUAGGUUUGGAUCCUCCACCUGUUGCUAAGCUGUGUCAAGAUGCCGCCUUUGUUGAGCUUGAACCCACACAGCUGAACCCUGGUGUGGAGGCGCUGAAAAUGCGUUACCUUCGUCACGUCCAGGCUCCCGCUCAGCCCCUGGGAGAGCGGACAAUGCAGCUCAACAUUGUCCGCAAGGAGCGCGCUCCGUCUGGCCAGGAGGAGCUGCUUAGCGAGUCUGUCACUGUCACCGUUAAAGAGGGAGCAGAAGAGCCAUUGUCCACCAAACCUGGAGAGAAACUGAUGACAUUGAAGCAGCGUCUGCAGUUGGCCAUGGCUCAACGCAGACAGGAGGAGAGGGCCCGUAAGGCUGAGCUGAACCGCCUAGACAACGAAGACUGUGGAGACGAAGAGGAGGAGGAAGAGUUGACCGAUGAAUCCGAAGAAGAAGAGGGUGUAGAUGAGUUAUUGGGAGGUGGAGGUGAGAAAGAGGAGGAGGAGGAAGGCAGCGUAGUUCAGAGUAUUAGGAGCCGGUCUCCUGCGGCACUGACGCGAGCCUCACUCACUCCUGAUCUCGUGAACACCGAUGGGACGCUCAUGCUGUUCCCUGGAAACUCCUGCUCUCGCACUGGCGAUGGUGUUAGAAGGUCUGGUGCCACUGGACAGGACAGCAGUAACAAAAUGGAAGAAGAUGAUUCUCUGUCUCUGGUGAAAGAUAACAGCCACAACAGCAGCUUUGAGCUGGCAGCCUCCAUGAUCACUUCCUACCAGCCUGUCAAUCACCAACGCUCCUCCGGUAGAGGCCUUUCAAAUUCAUCCAUUUUCCGCUCCCCGUCUCCCUGCCUGUUCAGGCCCAGCUUCCUCGGCUCUGCCUCGAAGAGUUCAGGUAAACUCUCUGAGCCGUCUCUGUGCCUUCCUGUUGAGGACUCCCAGGACCUGUAUGCGCCUCCUUCACCAGGUGCAGAUUCAGGCCCCCUAGGGGAGGCACCUUCUGGUCGUGGGCUGGGAGUAGACUCCCAGGGGCCUUUCUCCCUGGAAGACGAUGCCCAUUCUCAGUUACUUGACGCAGACGGCUUCCUGAAUGUGGGGCCUCGUCCUGGUGCGCCUCCUUCCCACAAAAGGCAGUUAAUCCUGGACAACCUGGAUGAAAAUGCAAUGGACGCCAACAUGGGGGAGCUGCUGGGCUUGUGCUCCGGGGCGUUUGGAACAGCUCAGAGAAGCAGGGGCCCAGACCUCAGAUCAACACAGGAGGAUGAGCUGCUUGGUUUGUGUUCUGGAGCGUUUCCACAGACACAGACUGGAGAGGAGAGAAGGGACACGGGGAAGAUCAGCACGGGAAAAGAUGAAGAAUCGGACAAUACUAUGGAUCAGCUGCUGGGCCUGUGUUCAGGCAAAUUCCCCAGUCCUGGUUCUGCUGCAACGGCCUCACCAGCAAAAAGCAGUAAAACGAAGCCGGAGGAGGAGGAGGAAGAAGAGGACAGCGAGUUCCGGCUUCUGUCAGACGUAGAAAGUAACAGUGAUCAGGAGGACAGUGGUGAGGCUGGAGCAGAGGAAGGCAAAGAUGAGGCAGCAGCUGGUUCAGAGGAAGAUGAUGAUGAUGAUGAUGAUGUAGAGGAGGAGGAGAUGCAGGCUGUCUUUGCACCACUUCGGAAAAAAAAGAAGAAGAAAAUGCGUUUGACCGACUACGUGGACUCUGAGGCCGAGCUGUCAGGUAGCGAUGUGGGCAGUGACGAUGAAGACGGAGACGGAGGCAGCGAAUAUGAGGAAGAGGAGCUUCUUGAAGAGCUCCCCUCUGACGAAGAGCUUCAGGAACAGGUCAACAAGAUCCACAUGAAGCAAAUAAUGGAUGAUGACAAGCGUCGCUUGAGGCUCUACCAAGAGCAGUACCUAGCUGAUGGAGACCUGCACACUGACGGCCCGGGACGAGCUCGCCGUUUCCGCUGGAAGAACAUGGAUGAUGGUUUUGACAUUGGAAGGACUGGAGCAGAGGGGGAGGAUGAGGAGGAUGAAGAUGAAGAUGUUGACCCGAGUGAGGUCCAGCGGAGGAAAGAGAGACUAGAAAGAGAGCAGUGGCUCAGAGAGCAGUCUGAACAGAAAACCAAGAAAGGGGAAGAUUUGGAUGCAGAUGAUGAGAAGAUGGGCGACGAUGAGGACAGUUGUUUUAUGAAAGUGGCCAAGAAAGUGACGGCCAAGACUCUGCAGAGAAAAGGACCACCCGUUGCGCCUCAGAUGGAAAAGACAAGCUUGUCGGCUCUGAACCCCUUCCAGAGACCAUCACAGUCCUCACAGGUGAGAAGAGGUUCACUACUCAGUCGGCCUCAGUCAGUCCUCCAGAAACUGGCUUCGAUCUCUGAGGGGAAUCCUUUGGCACCGAGGAACAGCCGAGGAUUCCUGUUUCAAACACUCUCUCCUGAGAAGGACAGCUCGACGUCGGAGGCACAGAAGAAGCAGAUAAAGAAAAGGCCUCAGGUUGAGGCUAUGAACCCAGUGGCCAAGAGAGUCUGCAGGGAGAACGAGCCCGCUAGGCCGACUAAAGGCGGCUCGAGGAGCAUCUUCAACUUCCUGGACUUGUGACGUCACCGAGGAAGAGGAUAUUAAUAAUAAUCAGCCGGCCUUGGGUGUGGGAGCGUAACCAGCCACUGAUGAAUGAAGGAGCCAAAAUGGCCACUGCAGGUCAAGGUGUUUGACCUCUUUUGGAUUCUUCACACUAAUAACUGGUCGAGUGCAUUGGCUUAAACCGCAAACCGACGAACAGUGUGCAGCCUCUCAGUCCAGCUGAUCUGCUCAUGCGUCUACAUCCACAUCAGCUAAGUCACAUCUAACAUGACUGAAGCUUAUUACUGAGUUUGUUUUAUCAUGUAAAUAGGAUUUUUCUCUUUUUAAUUCUUGGGAUUUUAUUUCAAUGAUUUAUGUGGAUUUGUUUGACAAUGUAAAUAAAAGUGUAUUUUAAGACA